GGGCGGUUCCAGAAAGACAAAAGGAAGGAAGCAUUACAUACAGCGCCGAUCACAAAGUCAUGAAAAGAAGACAGACCAACAGGGCAAAAAAAAAAAAAAAAGAAUUAGUAAUCAGCAAAAUUGUAGUCAGCAAAAGAACGAAGACUCCUUAUGUGACUUUUUCGAAGUGAACAAUUUUAAGGAAUACAGCACUUCAUGGACAAACAGUGAUGCAAACUUUAAACUGUGAACCCGUCCUACCAGAACAUUCAAAUGCGGACAAAUGCAUACAAAAUGACAAUUGUUAACCAAACAAACAUGCUGUCAGACAACUUUUCUAUCCAUCACAUAGCCUCAGAACGCAAUUCAUGCACACUGGAAGAAGAAGCCCAGCGUGUGCCACUCGCCAUCCUCUAUUCUCUCAUCUUCCUGUUUGGCUUGGCAGGGAACCUGCUGGCCCUCUGGGUCUUUAUUUUUGUCCACCCACGCCGCAACUCAGUCCGCAUCUUUCUCAUCAACGUGGCUCUGGCUGAUCUAGUGCUGGUAGCCUGUCUGCCAUUUCGCAUCCUCUACCACAUGCUGGGUAACUACUGGCCCUUAGGUUCCACUAUGUGCAAGACUGUGGGCAACCUCUUUUAUAUGAAUAUGUAUGUAAGCAUCACCCUGUUGGGUCUAAUCAGCCUGGACCGCUAUGUCAAGAUACAGGGUUGGCCAGGAACACAGGCAUCUUGCUGCCACCGCUGGCUAAAGGGCAACAGCUGGAGUUUGGUGGCAUGCAGUGUAUUAUGGAUAAGCUCAAUGCUAGCUGUGGUGCCUAUGAUAGCUCUGGCUGAGGGAAAUGAGGUGCAGGGGAAGUGCUUCCAGUACAAGCCUCGAACAAAGGCACGCAGUAAGGCAUACUUUAAUUUACUCAUGGUAGCCAUUUUCUGGUUAGUGUUCUUGCUCAUGGUGUUGUCAUAUGGAAGGAUUGCCUUGCACCUUUUGCAGGCAUCCCGCAACAAGCCAGACCUGCCCAACGCAGGGCAUUACUCCCGUGCUGCUAAGAAGUCCUUUGUGGUGCUUUUCCUCUUCACCAUCUGCUUUGUGCCCUACCAUGCCUUCAGGGGAGUGUAUGUGCGGUCUCAACUUACCGACACCCCCUGUGAGACUCGCCGUCAUAUAGACCAUGCCAACGAGGUCAUGUUGCUUUUCUCAGCCCUCAAUACCUGCCUGGACCCCCUCAUGUACUUUGUUUUAUCUGCUUCAGUGCGCAAGGCAACAAAAAAUGCUAUUUCCCGGGUAUUAUGUGUGCGCAGCCACUCUUCCAUCAACAGCUCUUCCAUGGAGUUCCACCGGACUUCUGUGUCCCAGGCUUCCACUGGUGCACUAGCUAAACCUCGGGGGAGUGUGGGGCUCAUCAAUAUUAUAACGACCACCCAGCCUAAAGAGCAUCCAUAAAGCUUGCCCUCAUGUGAAAAGAAAUACAUUAUAUUGCCGGGGGUGGGAGGGGGAUUGGGCCUGACUAUGAGCAUUAACAUAAAGUUCAUUUUUUCCAACGAUAACAGCCUUCACUUAAACUGCCCAGUCUCCCCACAAGAUAUUGCAACUCAUCCAAAAUGUUAUCAGUGGGGUUGAGGUGAGGACUAUGUACAGGCUUUGCAAUAUUCUCCCACUCAAAGGUUUCAUGGAUCUCAUUGUGUGGACUGCUAGUGUAGGUUGCUGUUUGGGGAACGGCUACAUGUGGUUGUGAUGGAACUGUCUGAAUACUUUUGGGAUACAGUAAUUUUUUGGGGCUUAACAUGAAGGAGAAUGGCAAGACUAUUUAGACAAUUAUAUUUCACAACAAGGCCCUGAACUGAUUUAGUUACAGUAUAUAUAUAUAUAUGGGGGAUAAAUUAACCCAAAUAUGUAAACAAAAUGUAUGUAUGUUACAUUUCUGAUUUUCACAGAGAGCAUGAUAAAUGACAAAAAAACAAAAAGGAUGUGGUUAUGGUCAGAAUGUAUAGCUAGGCUGUGUUGUUAGCAGUUGUUCAAGGAAGUAAAUAACUGCCUAAAACAUGCACGUAUAUGGUUAAGAACCCAAUGCAAGUAUACUGAUGUCAAUCAGUGACCCAUUUCAUAUUUUAUUUACUGGGUUUGUGGUUUGGGCCAAUAUCGGGCCCGAUUUUGGGGGUCAGGGUGUGAGGACUUAAAAGAACCGUCAAUGUUACAUGCAGGUUGGGUUUGAGUUCUAUGUAGUACCUUUAGAUUGUAUAUUAAACAAAUUAGAAAUCUAAAAAUUAGAAUUUACUGAAACAUCACCACCCAGAAUCACCAAAUCACAAACUUUACCAUUCUCUCCACAGCUAAUCCUGACAUAGCCACCUUCUCCGUAGCAGCGAGUACUUGUGUUUGCUUCACUCUUUUAAUGGACUUAUUCUUGUACGUAACAGCAUUGUUAAGGUUUUGUUUCUGACUUGCAAAACAUAUUAAUAUUCCAUAACACAGCUAGAAGAAACUCAAAGGUUUAUACUAUUACUAUCAUUACAUAUCAUUUGUAUAGUAACAGCUCCUUCACAAAGAACUGCUGACACGCCAAAUAAUCCAAGCCUAAUAAUAAAUGGAUGGAACAAAAAAAGAAUUGUUAUUAGGGUGAAACUUCCUAUAUGCAAAUGUUUAUAUAACAAGGAGUUUUAAGCGUCAUUUAAAACCAUUUUCAGUUUAAUGACUGCAUUUUUUUUUUUUUUUUGCUUGUUAGUAUUUGUUUUUUGUCUUAUCUUCUAGGGAAAACUUUUAUAGCAUACAUAUACAGCAUACAUUUUAUAGCCGACAACUGCUAGCAACAAACAAACAUACAAGAGCUGCAGUACUGACAACCAAUUCAUACAGGAGAACAGUUUUACCUUGACAUCUCGAUGAAUAACAUUGUUGUCAUGGCAGUAGCGCAGAGCUUCCAAUAUCUGACGCAUGUAGUGGCUGAGGGUGGUGAGAAAGAUAAAGAGAGAAAGAGUUUUAAACUGUACAGAAUUAUCAGCGUACAAAGAGGGAUACGAAUACAUACCUGGCAACGGCCUCACUAUAGACGAAACCUGCAUCUGCCCUCUUCACAAUCUCAAAACAAAGAUCUGCACCAUCCAUACUACAAGGUGGAAAAAAGGACAUUUAAAGCCGUUUAUAUAUCUUUGACAGUUACCAAAAUCUAGACAGACGCACACUUACAACUCAAAAACCAUGUAGAGCAUUCCAUCUGAGCUGUAGGUUUCCAGGAGUUCUACAAUGUGAGGAUGCUUCAGCAUGUGACAGAU